GGUUUCGCGUUUUUGUGCAGGGAUUCUCUGCGUUUAUUUUUGUGGUUUGAUUCCUUUCGCGGUGUGAACGGACCGAGCUGCGCGGUCGCCGCGGCGGCGUCUGCGCUGACUUAUUAUUUUGUGGUGACUUGAGCUAACUCUGCCGCUGCUAGGGCGGAUGCGGUCGGAAGCUGUCAGCCGCUUUGCGCUGGCGUCAAGUGCUUCUACAAGCCGCGGCGCUUGCUCUCGGCUGCGAUAACGCAGUCCUUUUUGCGAGGCGAUUUUGUGGUCGAGCCUAGCGUCCAGUAAGACACUAGCAAGCACGCGAAAUGCAACCUCGAGGGCCCAAGGGUCUCCAGACUCGUGCCGCACGGGGUCCUGGCCAUAGGAGGAGAGAUCAAAAGCUCUUUAGGUCCACUAGACUUUCAUGCUCGCGGUCCCGGCGAUUCAGGCAGUAAGCGUGCUAUAAGACGUGUGAUACGGUGCCACCGAGACAACUCCCUUCACAGCGUUACCAGACGACAGCUGUCGACCGCCGAGACGAGCGAGCAGCGGCCGCGACGGCUAGCGAGCGAGCUAGACCGGUUGAGCCUGCACUGCUGCCUGCGGCGCGCGCGGACGCGCUAGCUCCCGCGGCGGGCUAAAAGCCGGGCGCUGGACGACUCCAGUCGCAGCGGUGCCCUGGCUAAGUCGCUCGGACGGGCGUGUGGGCUCCGUAGCCGAAGACGGUCGAGCACGCGCCGCCGACCACACGAACAGAGCAGUGACCCCGCCCCCCCACGCGCAGGCACGCGACAUAAAACCAUGGCACCAGCAAAGAAAGGCGGCCGAGCAAAGGGCGAGGCCAGGACCCCGCGGUCCUACCCGGCCUACGACGUCAAGGCGUCGAAGGGCCCCGCGCACAAGCAGAACCCGCAGAAGCUGCGGGAAUCGCUGAAGCCCGGUGCCGUACUGAUCCUGCUCGCGGGCCGAUUUCGCGGCAAGCGCGUCGUUCUCCUCAAGGCGCUCGAGUCUGGUUUGUUGCUCGUGACGGGCCCGUUCGCCGUCAACGGCGUGCCGAUCAAGCGCGUCAACGCGGCGUACGUCAUCGCGACGUCGACGACGGUCGACCUGUCGAGCGUACCCAUCCCGGCCAAAUUAAACGACGCCUACUUCGCGCGGGAGAAGGCGAACAUCGGCGAGAAGGACGACAACUUCUUCAGCGCGGACAAGCCGGCGCCGCCGGUCGAGACGAGCGACGAGCGCAAGAAGGACCAGAAAGCGAUCGACGACAAGUUAUUGAAAGUGAUCGAGAAGACGCCCAUGCUGAAGGCGUACCUGGGCGCGCUCUUCACGCUGACGAAGGGCAUGAAGCCGCACGAGAUGAAGUUCUGAGCUAGUUUAG